CGCGCCUCCUCUCUCUAUAAAUACAAGACCCACUCACCCUUUCUCUUUAUAUCAUUAAACAGAAGAACCACUCAUCCUUUCGCUCUCUAAACCGAGGAACCACACAAACGAAGCCUCUGGUUGCUCUGUCUUGGCGUGUCUAUACAGUGCUUCCUCUCUCCUAUACACUGCUCUCUCUCUCUCUCUCUCUCUCUCUCUCUAGAUUGGAGAGCCGCGCGUCUGAAGCAUCUUGCUCUUGCACUGUUGUUUUGUACCUGUACAUUUUUGCCCUAAUAUUCAAGGCCGGAUAUCUCUCUCUUUCGCUUUAAAUCUAAGGCCUUAUAUAUCUCGCUCUCUACCCCGAUCCUCUUAUUCAUGGAAAAGCCACUUCGACCGCAUGAUAUCAGCACAUUUGAUGCCGAUUCUUGCAAACGCAUUGCACAGGGCCCUGUUGCCGAUGUUCAGAUCGUUACAUCUGAUGGUCACUCCAUUGCCUCUCACUCCAGAAUUCUGGCAUUUGCUUCGCCAGUAUUAGAAAACCUUGUUGGCCGGCCUCAAAGGAACGAAGGGCUGAAGACCAUUUCAAUCCCUGGAGUUCCCCAUGGAGCUGUGCACGCCUUUAUUGGGUUUCUCUCCACUCUCCGAUGCAUGGAGGGAGAAAUGGAGAAGUAUGGAGUCCACCUCUUGGUUCUUUCUCAUGCCUUCUCAGUACCCCAAUUGAAGAGGAUUUGCACCAGAGCCCUUGCAGAGCUCCUCACUGUUGAUAAUGUGGUGGAUGUUCUCCAAUUGGCCAGGCAAUGUGAUGCACCCAGCUUGUAUUUGAGGUGCAUGAAGCUAAUUUCUAAGGAUUUUAAGAAAGUGGAGGGCUCAGAAGGGUGGAAGUUCAUGCAAGAUAAUGACCCUUGGCUUGAACUGGAAAUCCUGCAGGUCUUAUCUGAAGAAGAACAUAGGGAGAAAAGACGGCAAAGACACAAAGAAGAACAGAAGAUAUACCUGCAACUAAGUGAGGCCAUGGAGUCUCUCCUCCACAUUUGCACAGAAGGUUGCAGUACAAUUGGACCUUAUGACAGGGAAUUGAAUGUGAAGAAGGGGCCCUGUAAAUAUCAGACCUGUGAAGGAUUGGAGCGUCUCAUUCGCCAUUUUGCUGGGUGCAAGAAGAAGGUGGGAGGUGGGUGUCCCCAUUGCAGGAGGUUAUGGCAGUUGCUUGAGCUCCACUCUCGCAUUUGUGAGCAGUCAGCAACCUGUAAGGUUCCCCUUUGCAUGCACUUCAAGCUAAAAAUACAAUUUCAAUCCAAGAAGGAUGAGGAGCGCUGGAAGUUGCUUGUGAGAAAGGUGGUAUCAGCUAAAGCCAUCUCUUCUUUGUCCAAGAGAAAGAGAGAGGAGGAACUGCAUAAUUUUGGAGAGAGACCUUGCCCAAGAGAUGCCUAAUGCCACGAUUUUGCAAUUUCAGGCCCUGAUCACUUUUCUCUAAUUUCCAUUGAAUAGAGAGAAGUCAUUGCCAUCUGUGAAUAAAUCUUUAGUUUCGUAGAGUAUUAUUUGUGUAUAUUUGUCUGGUUUGUUUUACACAGUAAAGUGUAAACUAGGGAGAGCAUUAUUUAUUGAUUUACAUCAAAUUUGAGUGU